AUGAAGGCCAUCCAGAUCCUGAAUGGAGCGAUGAUUCUGGCCCUGGGUGUUUAUCUGGGUUCAUUACAACACCUGGCCCACCUCUUCAGACACAUGUUUUUCUUUAUCUUCUACACAGGCUAUCCACUAUGGGGCGCUGUGUUCAUGGAGAGAAGUUUCGAGAUGAAUGUUUCCAGCGCUGUAAUUGCAUUCGUCGGAAUUAUUUUGCUCUCCGUAAAUUUAGCAUUUAAUAACCAGGCAUUCAAGAAUUGUCAGUAUUCACAGUCAUCAGACUUAUGCACUCUCAUGGGAGCCUCAUCAACAGGGCUGCUGUCUCUAAUGCUGAUCCUCACCUGGCUGGAAUUGUGCAUAACCAUGUCUAUCUCAGCCAAGUGGUGCAAAGCAAACUGCUGUAAAUCAAGGGUGCCACCCCCUGCCUACCUGCUGCUGCCCCACAGGGCAGAGAGUACCCUGUGGAAAUAA